GCGUGAGUCCCGACCAUGAGGAAGUCGCGCGAUGGCUCGUGUGGCGCCACCGGCUGGAUCGGCAUUCACCUACGUCUUCUUCCUGGGCUUCGUGACCCUCGUCAGCCUCACGGGACCCCAGCGUCAUGCACAGCUACCAGGCGGCCAGCGACCAGGUGCCGGCAAGCGGGGCGUGGAGCUGGACGACGCGGCGGGGGGGCGGGGUCGAGGCUCCCCUGGUGUCAGCAUCUCCGGUGGCGCGCGACCCCCCCGGCCCACCACGGCCCUCGUGUCCUUCCCGGGCUCUGGCAACACGUGGAUUCGCUACCUCCUGCAGCAGGUCACAGGAUACUACUCAGGAAGCGUGUACAAGGACUAUGCCCUCAUGAAGAACGGGUUCCCUGCGGAGUCCGUGUCGAAUGGGUCAGUUGUGGUUGUGAAGACCCAUGAGUGGGGACCAGAGCGCCGGUGCUCAUCAUCUCCGGGGACCCAGUACUCUGGCACAUCCGACGCGGAAAUUCACAACCCGCAAAGCGGAGGCCACAAUGCGGACACGCGCAGAGACCGGAUCCAAAUACACGAGGACCAUGGACAUAUCAUUGCUCUGAUUCAGAUUGGGAAAGAAGAGUUAAGCAUAUAUUCGAAAGCCUAUUCGGAUGUAAACCACUGGAGCAAAUUCGUGACCAACAAAGCCAUCUCGUGGAUGAACACGACGCUGGACUGGCUCAAGUUCGACGGCCCGCUCCACCUGGUGUUCUACGAGGACCUCCUGGACAACCUCCCCGAGGAGAUGAGGCGGAUCCUGGAGUUCCUGGACCUGGAGGUGUCCGAGAGCAACUUCGACUGCAUGAUGCGGCACCAGGACGGCAUCUACAAGCGGCGGAAGAGGCCCCUGAGCUUCGACCCCUACACGCCCAAGAUGAGGGCGCUGGUGGACCACUGCAAGGGCAUGGUCGACCGCGCCGUCAGGGAGGUCCUGGCCGGGGGGGACGUCAAGCUCGUGCUGAAGAACCUGAACUACACGAACGUCGGGACUGCGCAGAAGAGGACGCCCAGAUGAUGAUCGACGGGGCAGCACGCUUGGAGGGAAAUGUGAUGAUUGGGAAAUAGGAGGAUGAGGGGAUGACGGGGAUUUUGGGAUUAGGGGGA